AUGAAAAGUGUGUCACAAUCGGCAUCCAAAGCAGUCAUUUCUUAUAUUCAUAAACUCAUCCAGACUAAUAAAUUUUCUCACCUGAUUGCGCUUAUUUAUGACAGCAUUUUGGAAAAUUCCAGCAAACCAUUCUUGAAUAAAGCACAAGUUGAAAUUGUCCUUUCAUUGCUCUGCUUACCGAAUCAACAAGUUCCAAACAUUGUAAAUUAUACUGAUCUUUGCUUAUUGCUUAAGGAUGCUUACGAUGAAAAAUUUGGAAAAAUGUCAAAUAAAAAUGACGAAAGUUUUUCAAAAUCUGAUGACAGUUGGGAUGAAGAAAAUUUAGAAGAAAUGGAAGUUCUCGCAACAUUGAAUUCAUUUCGUAAUAAAACUCAUACUCAAUGUCCGGAUAUUUUCAAUUUUAUUCGACAAGAAAAUUUAAUUCGCACAGUAAUGAGGCAAGCAUGGCGAUUGCAAAGGUUAAAAAGAGAUUUGCAUGAAAUUGAACAAAGGAUGAAUUAUUUGGUAGCUCAUUUUAUUGGUGAAAAGUAUUGUGCAUUUCGAAAUGGUGAAUAUUCGGAAUGUGAUUCAGGUUGUCAUACGGAUCGAAGCAGUUCGUCAAAUAAUUCAAUAACAAAAUUAUUUACAACAAGGAGAGAUGAAAUAAAUGAAUUGCAAGCAACCGGUCAAAAUUUUUUAACAAUGGAUGAUAAUCAGCGAUACAUCGGGAUUAAUUCAUAUCAGAAAGUUGCGAAAUCUUUGAAUGAAUUGAAAAAAUUAUCAUCCAAUGGAAACAUUUACAUCAACAAGCGAUCCACUUCUUCCACAUCUAUAGGCCGUAAAAGUGCGGGUGGUCAACAUUUAUGUGACGGUGUUGAGAACGGUGGAAUGUAUAAACCUGAUCAGUACAGGGAUAGCAUAUCCUGGCAAUCGUAUCGAGCCGUUCCUUCACUAUGCUCAGUGGAACAAAGAAGUUGGGAAAAAACAGAACCAAUUUCGAAAGCUUGGUUACGCUAUACUAUAUAUACCUGUAAUAUUGUGAUAGUGGUUGCUGGCACGGCAUCGUUAGCUAUGGGAGCAUGGCUUCGUACUGAUUCACGAUUUCGGGAUUUCCUGUCUCAACGGUACAGGAAUGUUGUUGAGGAAGCAUUUUGGCAGGCUCCAACUUUGUACGUUUUCUCCUACAUUUUGAUUGUCAUUGGAAUGUGCAUGGUGCUUAUUAGUGUAGUUGGUUGCUGCGCCGCAUCUACCGAUUCUCGAAUACUUCUCUUAAUAUAUGCUGUAGCUAUUGAUGUUGAAGUAUCGGAUGCGUUAACAUAUAUGGUCCAAAAUUAUUAUCAAGGAGCAGGAAUUGUUCAGGAAAGCCUAGAUAGAUUGCAACAAGCAUUCCGAUGCUGUGGUAACGCGGGCUGUAGUGACUUCCGGUUUCUACAUCAAGAUACUCCGCGUUCGUGUGAUAUCAGGUGUGAUGGUUGUCAUUAUCGUAUAAUGGUUGCAUUGCGCAUGGGUUUUUCAAUUGCAUUCGUUAUUUUUGCCAUCGUUGUUGUAGCCGAGCUUAUCGCAAGCAUAUCUGCAAUGAUCCUCAUAAUGAAACCAAGAAAUUCAACGGGAGUUUGGUUGGAUAAAAUGGGGUCCCGCAGAAGUCAUUACGGGAACAAGUAUUACUGGCGUGGAUCUGAUCAGUAUGUAGAUUUGAAUUCGCUGCGAAGUGAAGAUUGUCCCGUACCUGAUCACCAUCAUUCUGAACAUAUCGCUCCAUAUCAAAAAUACUAA